UUCUUUGUGCCACGGUGUUGCUCUCUCUCUGUUCAGUGUAGUCAGGUUGAGUGGUAGGAGGGAGAAUGUAUGGCAGAGAGUGAGGGUCUUACUGAGUGUGGGAGAUGAGCGUGUGAGGGGUUUUUAGGAAGAAGAGUGUGGGGCAAGAGAGUGUGUGUGUGUAUGUAAGUGAGGGCAGUGUGUUUGUGAGUGUGUGUGUGAGUGUCCGUGGGGUGAGCUGCUCGCGUGUCACAUUCCAGCGUCCAGGGCUCGACCCCUGUCUACCUGGAGACGGACCUGGAAAACUUUGAAAAAUCAUUCUUAGAAAACUGUGUGAUUGGAAAACCUCUGAAAACCUGUAUCUCUCUGUGACUUUGAACUGCUGCUGGUCUUGCUCAGAAAAUACUCAUCUGUUGUAGGAGUGACAGAGGAGCUUACUUUUCGUUGAAGGAGGGAUUCUCUCUACUCUCCACUUCCUCUGUUUCUCCUGCUGGGUCUCUGGGCUUUGGAUAGUGGUCUCGCUGGUGCCGCACUUACUACGGCUCAAAACCAGAGGAGAGGAGGGAAAAGGAGAGGGCAGAUGAAGAGAGGAGAACAUUACAUUUAAAAAGUGUUUCAAUGGAAUGGAUUAAUAAUCUGUACCAUGGAUAUACUCAUCAGACAGACCCACAAUCAUCCAGAGCCAUCAGAGUUUGAAACAGGGUUCAUCGCUUGCUGAACGUUUAUGUGACACUUUGAUUGAACAUGUGGCUAAUGGGGAGAUACCAGUGACAGAGAAGACUGCUGUGCUGUUUUCAGCUGAGGACAAGAGAGAACUCAGUUCAGACUUUAUGGAAGGGGGUAGACCGGAACAGAUGAUGCGCUAAGGGUCCAAACAUUGUUUCCAUAAAACCAUAUAGGAUUAAAGACCAGAGUCAGCCGAGUCUGACUUAUAGACAGAAGAUACCAGCCUAGACCAGAGAGAGGCCAGACACAGUUAGUGACAUCAUCAUGAAUGCCCCACCCACAGGAAGUCCCAGCCCAAAUAUGGAGGUGAAGGUGGUCUCCCAGGAGAUGGCGUUGUUUAGCAACGCCCUGGCGGCCUACACCUUCAUAGCAGACCAGCCGGAGCGAGCAGCUCUGGUGUUUGUUAGUGGUGUGUGUGUGGGUCUCCUUCUCACCCUCUGCGCCCUGGUGGUCCAGAUACACUGUCGCACCGACUGUCACUACAGUAACGGACGGCGACAUCACCAUCAGCAUAGAAACAAGACUCAUCACCAUCACCAUAGGGACCAUCACUGUCACCACCAUCACCAACCUGGCAACCCUAAUACAGGCAACCCUGGUGUAACCACAGAGACGAGCGAAGACAGCGACUCAGAGGACUGGGACGACAGGAACUCUGACCUCACGGCUCGACGACGAAGGCGCUUUGAGAGAACGCUGCUGCAAACCAGCGUUUUCACCUCCGCAGAAGAGUUGGAGCGAGCUCAGAGGGUUGAGGAGAGAGAGAGGAUCAUGCGAGAGAUCUGGAUGAACGGACAGCCUGAUGUCAACACUGUCACACGCAGCCUCAACAGAUACUACUGACAGGAACGGAGAAAGAGAGGAUGAGAGACAGAUAGAGAGAGAGAGAGAGAGAGAGAGAGAGAGAGAGAGAGAGAGAGAGAGAGAGAGAGAGAGAGAGAGAGAGAGAGAGAGAGAGAGAGACAUACGGAUGGAAGAAGAGAAAAAGAAAGGAUAGGGAAAUGAUGCACUUUUUUUAGACAAUGUCACAUUGAAUGGUGCGUGAAGCCUACAGUAGUUGUGGACAGGACUGUUAGCCAGGGAGAGACAAACGGAAAUUACACUGGGCACAGAGCCAUGGAGAGAGGGUUAGGGUGUGUCUGACACAGUAAUGUAGUGGUAAAGAAAUAGGUGGGUAAACGCUGAUCGCCGUUCGCGGUGAGUAAAGUAGCGUUCCUUAUACUUUCAAUGCAUUUUCCACAAAAAUUGCACAAAAAAUAAAAAAGGUGCGUAGACGGCUUUUACAUGCGUUUAUCCUCCACUACACCCCUGGUCUGACAUGACACCAGGAGUACGCCAAUCUAAGGCUUUUAGAGCUGUGAUUAUCACCAUCACCAUUGACAACGGCCCACAAUUAACCUCUAUGGAAAUAUCUGCUUUCCUGGCUGAACAUUCUGGUUUUUGUACUUUGUACCAGACUGGUACUGUCUUACACAGCACAGUUCACAACAAGGACAAGGACCAC